AUGGAAAUCCCCAGGUCCUGCCCUCUUCCUUUGGCUGCCCUACUUUCAGCCUGUGCCAGUAGCAGCGGUGUUGAUGACGGGAUUGCUGAUGGCCUCUUUCACGCGCCGGCGUCAGUCGUCAAUCGCAAGAGUGUCCAGUCGAACCUAACGCCGCGGCCUCCGACAGGAACUCGAAGUGGAAGUCCGGGUGCAAUAUUUCCAAGCACAGAGUGGAAGUUGGAAACGGUGCUGAUGGCGCGUAUUGUGGGCGCUAGCACUAACGCGCUGCUUGGCCAAUGGAGGCGCUCGCCUUUCAGGGCAACCCGUGUUUCGACGUUCUCACUGCAACCCAGCACAGGACAGCCAGGCAGGACAGUGCCCCUGGAGGGUCAGCCGGGCGGGGCCAAGAGGGGACCUACGGAAGGGGCGGAGAGCGGGACGAGGAGGUGGGGCGGGGCUACAAUAGGUGUCCGAUUCAGCCUCGAGUGA